GGUCUCACUCUGUUGCCCAGGCUGGAGUGCAGUGGCGCUGUCAUAACUCACUGCCGCCUCAGACUCCUGGGCUUAACUUCCUGCCUCAGCCUCAUGAAUAGCUGGAACUACUGGUGUGCACCACCAGGCCUGGCUAAUUUUUUUUAAUAUUUAGUAGAGACGAGGUCUCACUGUGUUGACCAGGCUGGUCUCGAACUCCUGAGCUCAAGCGAUUCUCUGCGUCAGCCUCCCAAAGUUCUAGGAUUACAGGCAUGAGCCACUGCGCUUGUCCUAUUUCUCAUAAUUAGUUAGACUGGCUGAGCAACCCAAGCUUUUGUGUUGGAUCCAUAACGUCCCUGAGCCAACAAACUGAAGCAGCUCCAGCCCAUGUUUCUGAAGGGUCACCGCUGACAAGGAGUCAUCUGAAAUCAGAGUCUUCAGAUGAAAGUGACACUAACAAAAAGCUCAAACAAACAAGUAGAAAAAAGAAGAAAGAGAAAAAGAAAAAAAGGAAGCAUCAGCAUCAUAAGAAAACAAAGAGGAAGCAUGGGCCGUCGAGUAGCAGCAGGUCUGAGACAGACACCGAUUCUGAAAAGGACAAACCUUCCAGAGGCGUCGGAGGCAGUAAAAAGGAAUCUGAGGAACCGAAUCAAGGAAAUAAUGCUGCAGCUGAUACUGGACAUCGCUUUGUUUGGCUUGAGGACAUUCAGGCUGUGACGGGAGAAACCUUCAGAACAGAUAAGAAACCAGAUCCUGCGAACUGGGAGUACAAGUCUCUCUACCGAGGGGAUAUAGCAAGAUACAAGAGGAAAGGAGACUCCUGCCUUGGCAUUAACCCUAAGAAGCAGUGCAUAUCUUGGGAAGGGACUUCCACAGAGAAGAAGCAUUCACGCAAGCAGGUUGAACGCUAUUUUACUAAGAAGAGUGUGGGAUUAAUGAACAUCGAUGGAGUUGCCAUUAGCAGUAAAACUGAACCUCCCUCAUCUGAGCCCAUCUCCUUUAUACCAGUGAAGGACUUGGAAGAUGCGGCUCCUGUUACAACCUGGUUGAAUCCUCUGGGGAUUUAUGAUCAGUCAACCACACAUUGGCUACAAGGACAGGGUCCUCCAGAGCAGGAAUCAAAGCAGCCAGACGCACAGCCAGACAGCGAGAGUGCAGCUCUCAAGGCCAAGGUGGAGGAGUUUAACAGGAGGGUGCGGGAGAAUCCUCGGGAUACGCAGCUGUGGAUGGCAUUUGUUGCUUUUCAGGACGAGGUCAUGAAAAGUCCUGGCCUGUAUGCCAUCGAGGAAGGAGAGCAGGAAAAGCGAAAGAGGUCCCUGAAGCUCAUUCUGGAGAAGAAGCUGGCCAUUCUGGAGCGGGCCAUUGAGAGCAACCAGAGCAGUGUGGAUCUGAAACUGGCCAAGCUGAAGCUCUGCACAGAGUUCUGGGAGCCCUCCACUCUGGUCAAAGAGUGGCAGAAACUGAUAUUUUUGCAUCCCAAUAAUACAGCCCUUUGGCAGAAAUACCUUUUAUUUUGCCAGAGCCAGUUUAGUACCUUUUCGAUAUCAAAAAUUCACAGUCUUUAUGGAAAAUGCUUGAGCACUUUGUCUGCUGUUAAGGACGGCAGCAUCUUAUCUCACCCUGCGUUGCCUGGCACGGAAGAGGCCAUGUUCGCCGACUCUGAACAUAGGAUGAAAGUUGCUGCACUCUUUCUUCAGCAGUGCCACUUUCUGCGGCAGGCUGGCCACUCUGAGAAGGCCAUCUCAUUGUUCCAGGCCAUGGUGGACUUCACCUUCUUCAAACCCGACAGCGUGAAAGAUCUGCCUACCAAAGGACAGGUGGAAUUCUUUGAACCCUUUUGGGACAGUGGAGAGCCCCGGGCUGGGGAGAAGGGAGCCCGAGGCUGGAAGGCGUGGAUGCACCAGCAGGAACGAGGUGGCUGGGUGGUCAUCAACCCAGAUGAGGAUGACGAUGAACCAGAAGAGGAUGACCAGGAAAUAAAAGAUAAAACUCUGCCCAGGUGGCAGAUCUGGCUUGCUGCUGAGCGUUCCCGUGACCAGAGGCACUGGCGGCCCUGGCGCCCUGAUAAGACCAAGAAGCAAACCGAGGAAGAUUGUGAGGAUCCCGAGAGACAGGUGUUGUUUGAUGAUAUUGGGCAAUCUUUGAUCAGACUUUCCAGCCAUGAUCUUCAGUUCCAGCUGGUGGAGGCCUUCCUGCAGUUCUUGGGUGUGCCUUCUGGCUUUACUCCUCCAGCCUCCUGUCUUUAUCUGGCCAUGGAUGAGAACAGCAUCUUUGAUAAUGGACUUUAUGAUGAAAAGCCCUUGACUUUUUUCAACCCUUUGUUUUCUGGGGCUAGCUGUGUUGGCCGCAUGGAUAGGUUGGGCUGUCCUCGCUGGACCAGGGGUCAGAACCGAGAGGGCGAGGAGUUCAUCCGCAAUGUCUUCCACCUUGUCAUGCCUUUGUUUUCAGGCAAAGAGAAGUCCCAGCUCUGCUUCUCCUGGUUACAGUAUGAGAUUGCAAAGGUCAUUUGGUGCCUGCACACUAAAAACAAGAAGAGAUUAAAGUCACAAGGGAAGAACUGCAAAAAACUAGCCAAGAAUCUCCUUAAGGAGCCAGAAAACUGCAACAACUUUUGCCUGUGGAAGCAGUAUGCACAUCUGGAGUGGUUGCUUGGCAACACGGAGGAUGCCAGAAAAGUUUUUGACACAGCACUCGGCAUGGCAGGAAGCAGAGAACUGAAAGACUCUGACCUCUGUGAGCUCAGUCUGCUCUAUGCUGAGCUGGAGGUGGAGCUGUCGCCAGAAGUGAGAGGGGCCGCCACAGCUCGAGCUGUUCACAUAUUAACCAAGCUGACUGAGAGCAGCCCCUAUGGGCCCUACACUGGACAGGUGUUGGCUGUUCACAUUUUGAAAGCGCGAAAGGCUUACGAGCACGCACUGCAGGACUGUUUGGGUGACAGCUGUGUCUCCGAUCCAGCUCCCACCGAUUCCUGUAGCCGCCUAAUUAGCCUGGCUAAAUGCUUCAUGCUCUUCCAGUAUUUGACCAUAGGGAUUGAUGCUGCUGUGCAGAUAUACGAACAGGUGUUUGCAAAACUGAACAGUUCUGUUUUCCCAGAAGGCUCUGGCGAGGGGGACAGUGCCAGCUCCCAGAGUUGGACCAGUGUUCUCGAAGCCAUCACACUGAUGCACACGAGCCUGCUGAGAUUCCACAUGAAAGUGAGUGUUUACCCGCUGGCCCCUCUGCGAGAGGCACUCUCACAGGCUUUAAAGUUGUAUCCAGGCAACCAGGUUCUUUGGAGGUCCUAUGUACAGAUUCAGAAUAAGUCCCACAGUGCCAGCAAAACCAGGAGAUUUUUUGACACAAUCACCAGGUCUGCCAAACCCUUGGAGCCUUGGUUGUUUGCAAUUGAAGCUGAGAAACUGAGGAAGAGACUGGUGGAAACUGUCCAGAGGUUAGACGGUAGAGAGAUCCACGCCACAAUUCCUGAGACCGGCUUAAUGCAUCGGAUCCAAGCCCUGUUUGAAAAUGCCAUGCGCAGCGACAGUGGCAGCCAGUGCCCCUUGCUGUGGAGGAUGUAUUUGAACUUUCUGGUUUCCUUAGGAAAUAAAGAAAGAAGCAAAGGUGUAUUCUACAAAGCACUUCAGAAUUGCCCUUGGGCAAAGGUGUUGUACCUGGACGCUGUGGAGUAUUUCCCCGAUGAGAUGCAGGAGAUCCUGGACCUGAUGACUGAGAAGGAGCUCCGGGUGCGCCUGCCGCUGGAGGAGCUGGAGCUGCUGCUGGAGGAUUAGAGAGCAGUGGGAAAACGGGCUGUGCCUGUGAGGCCAAGUUGCCCACCCUGCGGAGCUAGGAGGUGCGAGUAGAGAAUGUGUGUGUUAGGAGAACUCGGCUUUUGAAAUGUUCUUUCUCGAUAGUAAUAAUGUGGGCUGCCAGCCUCUCACAUCUUGCACACUUUUUGGGUGUGUAAAUGACACAAAAGCUAUUUACAUAUUAUAUAUGUGAAUAUGUGUAUAUAUGUACAUAGCCAGAGAGUCAUGCCACGUGGUCAUUAAACCGAUGAUGAUUGAGG